UAGGUUACUCAUUACACAGAGGCGGCGAUUCUACGUCCACGUAGAGAGGGGCCGGGAUAGGGUGGAAGUGAAGGAAGAGCGGCAGCUCUUGAGCGAGCGAAAGGUACUCGAAGAAGGAGAUUCGUUAGAGGUCGAGAGAUUCUCGUUUCGGGGGUCAAACUAUCAAAGUUGAGCUUUUGCCUUUCGCUUCUGCCUUUGAUUCCAGCUGCCCACGAAAGGUUGCUCCUGGCAGCCUCCAAUCCUUACCCUAGGGCUGUGGGAAAAUGGGUGCGGGUGGCAGAAUGCCUGUUCGUCCUACUCAGGAGAAGUCCAAACUUGGUGCCCUGAAGCGAGUUCCUUGCUCGAAGCCCCCAUUCACUCUUGGACAGAUCAAAAAAGCAAUACCGCCUCAUUGUUUUCAGCGCUCUGUUCUUCGUUCAUUCUCCUAUGUCGUUUACGACCUUACUAUAGCCUUUCUGCUCUAUCAUGUUGCUACCAAUUACUUCCAUCUUCUUCCUCACUCCCUCUCUUAUGUGGCAUGGCCAAUAUAUUGGGCCAUCCAAGGCUGCAUUUUGACUGGUGUUUGGGUCAUAGCACAUGAGUGUGGGCACUAUGCCUUCAGUGACUAUAAGUGGCUCGAUGACACAGUUGGCCUUGUCCUCCAUUCUUGUCUCCUUGUCCCUUAUUUUUCUUGGAAACACAGUCAUCGCCGCCAUCACUCCAACACUGCAUCUCUUGACCGUGAUGAAGUGUUUGUCCCUAAACAGAAAUCCAGUAUCAACUGGUACUCCAAAUACCUUAACAACCCGCCAGGCCGAGCUCUCACACUUAUCCUCCAACUUACCAUUGGUUGGCCUUUGUACCUAGCAUUCAAUGUUUCUGGUAGACCAUAUGAUCGCUUUGCUUGCCACUUUGACCCAUAUGGCCCUAUCUACACAGAUCGUGAAAGGAUUCAAAUUUUCAUUUCUGAUGCUGGUAUUUUUGCUGUCCUUUUUGGGCUCUACCGCCUGGCGAUGGCCAAAGGGUUCUCUUGGGUUUUCUGUGUUUAUGGAGCACCAUUGUUGGUGGUGAAUGGAUUUCUCGUUUUGAUAACAUACUUGCAGCACACCCACCCUUCUUUGCCGCAUUAUGAUUCUUCUGAGUGGGACUGGUUGAGAGGUGCUCUGUCAACUGUUGACAGAGACUUUGGAAUCUUGAACAAGGUUUUCCAUAGCAUUACAGACACUCAUGUGGCACACCAUUUGUUCUCAACCAUGCCACAUUAUCAUGCAAUGGAGGCUACAAAGGCAAUCAAACCAAUUUUGGGAGAUUAUUACCAGUUUGAUGGGACUCCGAUCUUGAAAGCAAUGUGGAGGGAGGCAAAGGAGUGUGUUUAUGUUGAACCGGAUGAAGUUGACCAGGGCAAAGGAGUCUUCUGGUACAAAAAUAAGAUUUAAGAUGCGAAAUAAUGCAAUUGGGUUGCAGGAACAUUGGCCUUCCAUUCCUGGUAAUUUAGAUCCUUUCACUAGUCUCAGUUCUUUGAAAUUUUUUGAAACCCUAUUAUGCAUAAAAUAAUAAAAGAACAAAAAAAACAUGGAUAGGUUUGGAUUUGGGUUCAAGUUUAGUUCUCUUCUUGAAAAUAAGUCUUGGUUCUUGAAGAGAGGGCUUGAACCUUUGCUUAGUUCAUCAAUCACAAGGUUUGUAGGAAUUGUUGUGCCUGUUAGGACACAAAGUUGUUGUCGAACUCAUGGUUUGGGUCUGAAGUAGACCCUUCUUUAAUCUUGAGACAUGUUGCAUGGUCAUUGAAUAAAUUGCUUUGCUGGAUCAUCUCA